GUCAAUCGUAGUCAGAAGCAACUCAAGGGGGUAGUUGUUGUACUGGAAACCGAACCAACUGAACUGAAACCCGUAUACACUGUAUCUCAAAAUGUUACGGAAGUCUCGAAUACGACAUCGAUGAAGGCUAGACCAGAACACUAUGGUUGGGCUAAUGAGCAUCUGAUUAUUGGCCCGCACGACGAAGACAUACUUGUGGCAUGUAGAGCCCUUGGUCACGGAUCUCUUGGAGUCGUUGAAGAGGUGCAGGCCGAAGCUACUCUGAACAUCAUUCAGGAAGAAGCAAGGAACUUGAAAUCGCUCGUCCAUCCGCACAUCGUUACUUUUAUCGGCGACAAUGACCUGGCGGACUUCCUCGACAUUGUCAGCGAGCAAGACUCAAUGUUGGAACUUCGGACACAGUGGAGACAAUGGAUUCGAUCAUGGAUUGUCUGCCUUGCCUCCGCUUUGGAGUACAUGCACCAAAACGGUAUUCAGCACCAAGACAUCAAGCCAUCCAACAUUAUACAUAGAGGAGAUCGAGUACUGUUCACGGAUUUCAGCUCAUCACGCGCAUUUGAGGUGGGGCACACGACAUCAACAGAUAACCCAUCACGCUCAUCCCCCAUGUAUGCCGCACCCGAAGUGACAGCCGCUAGGUUUUCUGGAAAGCUCGGACGACACGGACGAGGCUCAGAUAUAUUCGCGCUGGGUUGUGUGUUCUGUGACAUGUUAACAGUUUUGCAAGGUCGAUCCGUUUCGUCCCUGAAAGAGUAUCUCCUGAACGAGAAUAGUGCCGUGGCAUCAAAUCCUAGUAACGUAAAGGGACCAUUGUAUUACGGUCAAAAACUACCCUUAAUUCAUGAAUGGUUUUCUGGCUCAUCCGAGUUUCUUAGCUGCAUCUCUCUCAUGCUAGAGUCGGAUCGAACCUUGCGACCAGACGCGACCAAAGUUGUGGAAACACUUACUUCAGAUGAUUAUUUCGAGGCAGGAUGCACUUGUUGCGGCAGCACAACGUCGCUACGAAAUUCUUAGAAGAUGAAGCAGAACAAGGAAGAAAGGAAAAGGCUUUGGCCCCCUGGAUUCGAUCAUUCAUAUCUAAUGAAAGAUACGUUUGAAGUAGUUGACGUAUGUCAUUCUGAGGAGAAACACGGCGACAUAACCUUACAUACUGAGCA